CUUCAAUUUGGAUGUAAUAGAUCGGAUUCAAACAGCUGCGCCAGGUCAGCGGAUUCAAACAGCCGCGCCCGGUCGAGUCUGGGAGAGGGACUGGAUGGUCGGAUUAAUCUGAUAACCGAUAGAGAUUUCCGAGAAAGAAAUGAUGCCUUGAGGAUUGACGCGGGGAAUGACAAGGAAGAUCCGGACUCUCAGUUAAAGCCCGUGACAGUUAAUUUUCACCACGAAGAAAACAGAGCGGCUCACAAGACGGAGGACUAUGAGAUACCGCAACUGAUAGUCAGACGAGGACAGGAAUUUGACGUCACUGUAACGUUUAACAGAGAGUAUCAUCCGGACGUUGACGUCAUAGUUGUACAGUUUGUCACAGGAAAAAGACCCCAAGAAAGCAAAGGAUCGACUAUUCGGGUGUCAAUUCGAGCCAGCUUCACCCCAAACCAGUGGGCAAUGCAGAUCAAGAAAGCCAGUGGAAACACAGUCCAACUGUCAAUCAUGUCAUCAACGAAAGCCAUCAUUGGUCGAUACGACGUAUUUAUCGAAACAAACAGCACAGCUUCAUCUGAAAAUGACUCCCUGUUUCGACACAAAGUUGAGGAGCAGAUUUGCGUGCUCUUCAAUCCUUGGUGUUCGGACGAUACAGUCUACAUGGAAAAUAAUGAACACCGUAAUGAAUAUGUCAUGGAGGAUUUUGGUUACAUAUGGAGAGGGGUUUCAGGGCAGUUAGAAAAAAUUCCUUGGGCAUUCGGGCAGUUUGAGGAUGUUGCCUUAAACUGUGCGCUAUGGCUGUUGGAUGAAGCUGAACUUUCCUGUAUCGCGCUAUCCAGUCCAGUCCAUGUUGUGCGUACCAUAUCAGCAAUGGCCAACUCAAACGAUAAGGACGGUGGGAUUUUGUCAGGACGUUGGUCCAAUACAUUCCCUGAAGGAACAACACCACCACUGGCCUGGACUGGAAGCACUGCAAUUCUCGAAGAGUUCUGGAAGACCAAAAAGGUUGUACGGUACGGACAGUGCUGGGUGUUCUCUGGACUAGUGACAGCAUUAUUAAGGGCGUUAGGAAUCCCAACUCGAAGCGUGACUAAUUUUGAUUCUGCUCACGAUUCUGAUGUGAGCAUGACAAUUGAUUUUCAUUUUGACGAGGAAGGAGAUCUCAUCCCUCACAUGAACGACUCUGUGUGGAACUAUCAUGUGUGGAACGAAUCAUGGUUCAAACGUCCAGAUUUACCAGAUGGACAUGAUGGAUGGCAGGUGCAUGAUGCCACGCCGCAAGAGACAAGUGGAGGUGUUUUUCGCUGUGGUCCUGCGUCAUUAAAAGCGGUUAAAAAAGGAGAGGUGUACCUGCCUUACGACACUGCUUUUGUGUUCGCCGAAGUAAAUGGCGAUCGUGUUUACUGGGAUGUCAAGAAAUCUGAUGGCUCAAUGAAAGCUUCGUAUGUAGACAAGAAGUGUAUUGGGAACUCGGUUAGCACGAAGGCUGUAGGAUCCGAACAGAGAGAAGACAUUACCCAUAAUUAUAAAUAUCCAGAAGGUUCUGAAGAAGAGAGGAAUGCUGUCAAAUUUGCUUUCCAGUUUAGCAGUCGCACUGAACACGAAAUUUACCAGCCUCAAAGCGAGGAUGUUGAAUUUCGUCUAGAUGUGCGAGACACUGUUUACAUGGGCAACAGUUUUGACGUCGCCGUUGUUGUGGAAAACAAGUCAGAAAAUACGAGAAAUAUAAAAGUUAACUUUACAGCUGUCUUGAGUCAUUACACUGGUGUUCCCGCUAAAAAACUGAAAACAUACAAGCUUCAGUUCCUGUUAAACUCCAAAGCAGAGAAACGUUUAGCGUUGAAAAUUGAACCCAAAGAUUACAUCACCAAGUCAGGAGCGGAUGCCACCAUUAAGUUGUACGUGAAAGGUUUCGUAGAAGAUACAGGACAGUCCUUUGCUGCUCAGGAUGUGGUAGAGCUCACCAAGCCCGCGCUGGAGGUUACGGCAUCGUCAUCGCAAGUAAAGAUUGGUGACGAAGUCGAAGUUACCGUGUCAUUCCCGAACCCCUUGUCAAUACCCCUAACAAAGGGACAAUUCCAUCUAGAAGCCACACGAAUGAAACCCAAGUCACGGGUGGUCGACUGCAAGGGCCCUGUGGGUUCUAAGGAAGAAGCCAAGAUCACUGCCAAGUUCACUGCAGCCAGAAAAGGAAAGCAUCACAUCGCUGUCAGCUUCCAGUCGAACGAACUCACUAAUGUCCAUGGCGAGUGUACUGUUACUGAACCAGAAGCAAGUUAACUUUUACAACUUUAAAGCGAUUGGUUUGGAAAAUUACAAAUCAGUUGGAAAACAAACAUCGACAGAGAACGGCAAAUUGAUAAAUAGACGUAAAGAAGUAGGCUGAACAUUCACUUUUCAAUAACACAGCGAUACAUAGGUGUAUAAAAUCAUAUUCACUACUUUUCGAUCUGACAUUACUUUUCACAACGCAGAGCCUCCAUUGCACUCUGAGCACACUUGAACAAACAAAUGAGCUCCAGAAACUCAAGGAGUAAUCGUAGAGUUAUCUAUCUCAACGCCUUUCCAUCACAAUCUUAAAACCAGUAACUUGAACAGUUUUAUUCUUAGGCGUUUAAUACAUACAUUAAUUUUGUCCACCGAAAAAUCAAAUUCCCUGCGUCACUGGAGAAGUGAUUAUUUCUGUCAUUUUAUUUUUAAGACGUAAUGCACCUUUGUACCAGCAGUCAGAAGAGAGACAUUUCACGUCGGCCUUACAGCAAAUAAAAUGAUAUCAAUGAGGACGAUUUCUUUUAUUUCCUCUAUUUAAAAAACGCAUCAACCGAAUCAUCCUGGAAUGAAACUCCCUUACGUCGACUCUCCUGAUGAUGACGAUAACGACGAUUUUGAUGAUAAUAACGAUGACAACGUAAACCUAGUAGUUCGCAUUUUCUUCAGUAUCGCGAGCUUGUCAAACUCUUAAGUAAAUGAAACAGUAGUAGCUAAAAAAUAAUUAAUCUAAAACGUGAAAGAUAAUUCGCUAUGUCUGUUUGUGAGUUGAAUAUCUAAAUAUCUAAUCGCGGUUUAAAUACCCAUAUUACAGAUCUGUUUUCACCAAAGUUCAAA